AUGCGCGCUCCGUCCUCUCUCCUCUGCGGCGGCAACAGCAGCAGCAUCGGCUCCCUUCACACAUCCUUCCUCCUCACAUCGAUCGCGCGACAAGCAACCCCCUACCGCCGGCUAGCGAGCUCCCUCACGCCCGAAGAACCCUCUUACUCCUCCACCGCGAACAGAGACAAGGUCAACGCCAUCGCCUCCUCCCGCCCAGCGGCCCUCGACCUCCCCGAGAAGAAACCCGACGCCUCAAAGAUUGGCCACCUCUACGAGACGGGCAAAGCCUACAUCAAGUUCUACAAGACGGGCCUCAAGGCCGUCUUCUCCAACCGACGCCACAUCCAAGACGUCAUCCGCGCAAAGGGCACCACGGUCGAAGGCUUCCGCUCCCCCUCCGUCUUCACGCCGGGCGUCAUCCCCCAGGGCUUCUCGCGCGCCGACUGGGUGCUGCUCUGGCGCGUGCGUCACGACGUCCUCCGCGUGCCCUUGUUCGGUCUCGUCCUCUUGGUCUGCGGGGAAUUCACCCCGCUCAUCGUCAUCUUCGUCGACGGCGUCGUGCCGUACACGUGCCGUCUGCCGCGGCAGAUCGACGCCAGCUUCUCGCAGGCGGAGGAGCGCCGGCACAAGUCGUUUGCCGACUUUGAGCGGGCUGCGCCGCUGGGCGUCGCGGGGACGCAGGGAACGGCUGCGAGGGCGCCGGCGAGGAAACACGUGCUGCGCAGUCUGCAUAUGCCGGGCAUGAUGUGGGAUAAGAUUGGGUUCAUCCCGCCGGGUAUGUGGGCAACGAAGGGCAAGCUGCGGAUGGCUUUCCUGGAAGGAGACGAUAGGUUGCUGGCUCGCUAUGGGGGCGCGGCCGCGUUGGACGAGGCGGAGAUGAAGAUUGCGGCUACGGAGCGUGGUAUCGACUGCGCUGGUCGCGGGGAUAAGGAGUUGAGGGAGCUGCUCGAUGAGUGGUUGCGCUUGACGGAGGCUGAGGAGAGUGCGGAGAGGAGGAAGCGCAUGACGGUUCUCCUGACGACAAAGACGGAGAAAUGGCCAAAGGACCGAGACUUUGCCCUCCCCGAGUGGCAUCUUUGA